UGUCGUAUUUUCAUUUCGGUCAACAAAAAAAGAAUUUAAACAUUUGGAACUAGGCUCUGACGUUAGGUUAGGUUCUUGAGUCCUAGUGUUUUUUCGGCCACCACCCUACCCCGGGAUAUAUAAGCAUGUGUCAACAAUUAAUCCAUGUGGUAGCGCAAUUUUAAGGUUAAGUUUGCUUACGAAUCGCAUGUAAGUAACGGAUUUCUCAAUAUUUUUCUCAAAUAUUUAAGCCAGUUUCUAAUGCAAAUUUAUUUAUUUCAAACAAUUAAGUUCUACGACUCUAUGACUGUCGCGUGAAUCAUCUAUUAUCAUUGGAUUUUCAAAUAUGAAAGUCAAAAGAAAACAUGGAAAGAAAAAGCAGCCGGUUCAAAAAACGCGAAAGGAAAUCCGCAAAGAUAAAAGAAAACAAAAGAAAAUCAAUCGAGCAGCUUAUCACGAACAGAAGAAAAAAGUUCCUGGAAAAUUUGUUCUAAAUCCAGAUCGUGCCAAAACUCCGGAUAAGACUGUUAACAAAGUUACGAUUAAAGAUGACAAGGAUGAAUUACAAAAAAAGCUUGACAGAGAGAAAAAGAAAGAAAUUCAAUUGGCAAAACAAAUGGAAAGAAGACGAAAGAAUCAGUUGAAAGAAGCUAAUCAAACAGAGGACAAAAUUAUCAAACAAUUGGAGAAACAACUUAAACUUGACAAACGAAAAAGCAAAACUACACCAAAAUCUUUUGCUGCCGACGGCCUUGACUAUUUGCUUGACUUUUGUAACGAUGAGAAUCGAAAACUUGCGGUUGAAACAGAGAAGCAACUUUUGGGAGGCGAUGCUGAUUCGGACUUUGAUGAAGACUUUGCAAUGAUCACAGGAUCUAAAAGAGAAGAAAGAGACUCUGAUGAAAAUUCAGAUGUUAGCGAAUCAGAGAAUGAUGAUUUCCUAGAUGAGAAUUCAAGCGGUGAAGAAGAUAUCGAAGAGCCUGAACAAAAAAAGUUGAAGAAAUAUGACAACAGUGAAAUUAUAAAUGGCAAAAAAAAGUUGCCAAAAAUGACCGAACAGAUAAAUGACGAAUUGAGUGAAGAAGACGAUGAUUUGGAAGAUAAUUCAUCGAAUUUCAACAGUGAAUGCGACGAAAAUAAUUCUGAUAUUCCCAAAGAUGAGGAAAUUGGUUCAGAAACUGAGGAUAUGAGCGAAUCUGGAAAUUUUUCAAAAUGUCAUAAUGGAAAAAAAACGCAUAUCAAUGAAGACGGCACAUGGGAAGAUAUUUAUGGUAGAAAGCGAGAUAGAGAUGGAAACAUUUUGACCGCAAACGAAAAUAAAUACGUCCCUCCUGCUGCUCGUCUAAAACAGUUGGAAACAAAUUCUAUGCUCAGUGAAAAAUUAUCUCGCUUAAAAAAACAACUAAAAGGCCAUUUAAACAGACUCGCCGAACAUAAUAUGCACACUAUUAUAACCCAAAUCGAAGAUCUCUACAUGUCGAACAGUCGAAACGAUAUGAACGAGAUGAUAUCGAAACUGAUGAUGGAGUCGAUCGUGUCUCCGGUAAUGACACCGGACAGGCUCAUUGCCGAGCAUAUGAUGUUGAUAGCGAUAUUGCACGCGAACGUUGGCACUGAAGUCGGCGCACACUUUUUACUGUCUCUCGUUCGAAAGUUCGACGAAAUGAUUAAAAUUCCACAAGAAGUUGAGAACAAAGAGCUUGAUAACAUCAUCUUAAUGAUUUCCCACUUAUACAAUUUCAAGGUUUAUGGGUCUCAAUUACUCUACCAAAUUUUGAACAUUUUAUCGGAAAAGUUUACAGAAAAAGAGAUAGAAUUAAUUCUACUUAUACUGAAAAGUGUUGGUUUUUUAUUGCGGAAAGAUGAUCCAGUUGCCUUGAAAGAACUCAUUCUUAAGCUGCAGCAAAAAGCUUCAAGCUCCAAGUCCGAAAACUCGCGUAUAAAAUUCAUGCUCGAUGUUGUAUUGGCGAUAAAAAAUAAUAAUAUGAGCAAAAUUCCUCAAUAUGAUCCAACUCACGUUGAACAUUUGAAAAAAAUUAUGAAAACGUUUUUACGCAAGGGAAAUGUGGUAACUCAAUUCAAUAUAUCUUUGGAGGAUUUGUUGCAAGUCGAUGAAAGAGGAAAGUGGUGGAUUGUUGGAUCAGCCUGGACCGGCAACAACGAUCUCACGAAACCACUCAAAUCCACCGACAACAGUGGCAAACCUUUAUUCAGUCAGAAAAUUUUGGACCUUGCUCGUAAACAACGAAUGAAUACGGACACGCGUCGGAAUAUCUUUUGCAUUCUCAUGACUGCUGAGGAUUAUUUAGACGCGUUUGAAAAAUUGCAUCACUUAGGUCUCAAGGAUCAACAAGCCCGGGAAAUUAUUUACGUUAUCAUGGAUUGUUGUCUUCAAGAGAAAAAGUUCAAUCCUUAUUACGCUGUGUUGGCACAAAAAUUCUGUGACUACGACAGAAAAAAUCAGAUGACGUUACAGUACUCGAUUUGGGAUAAACUGAAAGAACUCCAAAAUUACAAUGAAAAACAGUUGAGCAAUUUUGCAAAAUUUUUGACUCAUUUGUUCGUUGAAAAAGGACUUGCUUUGUCCGUUUUAAAGGUCGUCGAGUUCGGGCAAUUGGAUAAACAAACGAUGCGGUUGUUGCGGCAAAUUAUUCUAGGAAUAUUACUUCACGAUACCGAGGAAGCAUGUUUGCACGUUUUCGAGAGAAUAUCGAUAUCACCUCAAUUGAAAACAUUCCGAGAGGGAUUGAGAUUAUUCAUAAAUCAUUUUCUCAUUAAGAAUGCGGAGUUGCGAACAAUAUCGGCGAAAGAGGUAGACAAAUUGAAGAAACGUGGUGAAUUGGUCGACAGAAUAUUGCUUUCCCUAGGUGGAAAAACAGUUUUUUAGUUUCACAACUUCGAACCCACUUCAAGCAACGAGGUAAGUUGCUUCGUCGUUGACCGUGCCCUCUACAGUCGAUUUUUUCGAGUAAACUUUACAAUGAGAUCGAAAAUGACUCUGAGCUUCGUUUUAGCGUAAAAUGUUCUUCGCAUACGUUAAUAAGAUUUCGUUACACACUUUUAUUGGAUUGUUCAUACCAAUCGUAUUGGCCUAUGAAAAACUGUAUUCUUUCACCAUUUACUGAUAUAAAUACGAGAAAGAGCAA